CCCUCUCUCUCGUGAAGAUUCCCUGCGAAUAGCGAGUCCCUUUGCAAACGAAUGGGAAGGUUAUUUAUUUUGUAUUAAGAUUUAUGUUGAGUAAUGGCUUUGAUUAAUUUUAUUAAGUAAAUUAAAUAUGCUGUUGUUGUUUCCUGCUUGUUGUCGAAAUUCAGUGAUGACGAAUUUUAGUUCUUUUGUGUGCCGUCAAUUUGUCAUCGGGAAUAGAUGGAUUUCAAUAUUUUCUCAAUCAUUUAAAAAAGAAUCAAAAUUUCAGUCCCAGAUGAUUUUUUUAAAAAUCAAUAAAUUAAAUUUGCAUGGCAUAACUAGCUGUAGGCAGAUGGCAGGACAUGCUAAAUGGCAAAACAUAAAGCAUAUAAAAGCGGAAAAAGACAAACAAAAACAAAUUUUAUGCAAUAGGUAUGCUCGUUUAGUUGCAUUAGCUGUUCGAGAAAAAGGACCUGAUCCCAAAACUAAUCAUAAACUAGCAACUAUUUUGGAAGACGCAAAGAAAAAUAAUGUUCCUUCAUCAACUUUAGAAAAUGCAAUGAAAACAGGGAAUAAGAAAACCAAGGUUGGAACAAUUGAAGUUCUGGGUCCUGGAGGUUGUCUUUUGGUUAUUGAUUAUGAAGCUGAAAAUAUAUCAACAAUGAGGCAUGAUAUCAAAGUAAUUUGUAAAAAAUACAGUGCAAAUAUGUUAAGCACUGAGGGUCGCUGGAGAGCUGUUUAUGAACAGAAAGGUAUUGUUAAAGCUGUUAGUGAGUUAAGUGGACAACCAGUAGAUGCUGAAAAAGCUCUCGAUGCAGCCAUUGAGGCAGGAGCUGAAGAAGUUCACACAAAAGAGGAUGAAAAUGAUAAAACUUACCUUGAAUUUUUAUGUGCAGUAGAAGAUCUUCAUAAAGUUAAAAAAGAACUUGAAAAGAAUUAUGAAAUAGAAGAAGCAUAUAUUGGAUAUAUACCAUCUACAACUGUAAAAUUAUCUGAAGAAGAUACGACUUUAGCAGAUCAUCUUUUGGAAGAACUUGGAGAUUUGCAGGAAGUAGUUAGACUAUAUGAAAAUGUACAGUAACAUUUUAUAAACUAUAAUAAAAUACUUUAUUCAAAUGUCA